AUGGGGUACCUUGUUAAAAAGUUGCAAGUUCACGGCCUCAGUGAUGAGAAAGAUGCUGAACAUUCAUUCCUCAUGUUGCUAGAUUUACUUAGUUCAUCAGAACCCAGAUUUGAUAACCUUAAAAUUGUAACUGCUGUGUAUCUUUCUUUAGAUGAACUGGUUCGACAUUCAGCCACAGAGGCCUCUCAAGCCACCUUAGCCAGUGUAGCCCCUGUGUUUGCAGUGAUUAAAUUUGACAAGGAAGGAAACAUUACCUCUUUUGAAAAAAAGAAAACAGAAUUGUACCAGGAACUGGGACUUCAAGCUCGAGAUCUACGAUUUCAGCAUCUAAUGAGCAUUGCAACUAGAAACAACAGGAUUAUCAUUAGAAUGGAGUUUUUGAAGGCUGUGGUAACACCGGAAUUUCUUCUGAUACUAGAUUAUCGCAAUGUAAAUAUGGAGCACUGGCUGUUCCAAGAAUUAGCAUCUCAGCUGGCUGGAGAAGGUCAGCUCGUUACCUAUUCCUUGCCCUUUGAAUUUAGAGCCAUAGAAGCAAUACUGCAAUACUGGAUCAGCAAUCUGCAAGGGAGACUUAACAUUUUGCAACCUCAGAUCAUUGACACGCUGGAAGAUCUAGUUGACCCCAAGCUAUUGUCUGUGGAUAGAAGUAAACUACACAUUUUGCUACAAAAUGGCAAGAGUUUGUCAGAAUUAGAAACAGAUUUUAAAGUUUUCAAAGAAACAAUCCUGGAAAUCUUGGAUGAAGAGGAAUUAAUAGAAGAGCUCUGUUUAACUAAAUGGACGGAUCCACAAGUAUUUGAGAAGAGCAUGUCUGGAAUUGACCAUGCAGAGGAAAUGGAGCUGCUGCUGGAGAAUUAUUACCGACAAACUGAAGAUCUUGCUAAUGAAGCCCGUGAGCUCAGAGUAUUGAUUGAUGAUUCCGAAAGUAUCAUCUUCAUCAACCUGGACAGCCACCGUAAUGUGAUGAUGAGACUAAACUUACAGCUGACUAUGGGUACUUUUUCUCUCUCUCUCUUUGGACUGAUUGGAGUAGCCUUUGGUAUGAACUUGGAAUCCUCCUUUGAAGAGGACCACAGAGCAUUUUGGCUGGUGACAGGAAUUAUGUUUUUGGGAAGUGGACUUAUCUGGCGACGUUUGCUUUCAUUCCUUGGACGGCAUCUAGAACCUUCACUACCUCCCCAUGUACCCACAUUACUGAAAAAAACUCAUCCAACAGCUGGAAGAAUUGAAAUAAAAAAUGACUUUAAAACAGAAGCUUUUGGUUCAAGCAGAAGUACGCUGACAAAUCGAUAGAAGAGGAGAUUGCAUCUGGCCUUUUUUGUUACUUGGUGAACUGCACACUUGUUUUCCUAUAGUAAAUAUUAAGAAUUUUUAAAUUCCUAGAAUGUCAAUGUAUAUUUUAUGCACAAGUAUUUGUUUAGAGUUGAUAUUUUAAUGGCACAAAAGGCAGUAUAUACGGAGAGAAGAUUUAUGUCGGUUCCUUAUUUUCAUGUGUUACACUAGAAGACUUCACUGGACGACUACACAGCUUGCAAUUUCAGGCUCUUACCGAUUGGAUUUUCCAUCCAAGGACUGCUCAGGCCCAGCCUUCAUUAGUUAUUGACAAGAUUUCAGCCUAGGGCAGUCGUGCCAAAGAUGGUGUGUGUGUUUUAAAU